CCUUGGUCCAAGUAGGGAAGGAAAAGUUUUACGUGGGGUCCUCUCCUUUCGCUUGACCCGUCCUAUUCUCAUUCCACUUUGAGCGAUGCUGCCGCUAAGGAUGGAGUCGAGGCUUCUGCUCGCCAUCUCGUUUCUUGCUUUAAUCACUACCUCAGUUUCACGUACUCGUCAUCAGAAGCGACACACACAUCAUAAGUUCCCGGAUGAUCACAUCACCGUAGGAUUUCAUUCCAGCGAAAAUGAGCAUGGUCCAUGGGAAAAGUGGAGCGAAAGUAGCGAGUGUUCGAGAACAUGCGGUGGAGGCGUGGCAUUUCAGACAAGAACAUGCCGUGACGCGAAACAAAAUGGAUCGGAAUGUAUUGGACCUAGUAAAAGAUACAUAUCAUGCAACAUUCAGGCCUGUCCAAAAGGCUCUAAAGAUUUCCGCGAAAUUCAGUGUGCCAAAUUUGAUUCUAUUCCCUUAGGUGGGAAAUACUUUAGCUGGAUCCCUUAUAAAAAAGGUUUCAAUGAAUGUGAGCUCAACUGUAUGCCUAAAGGUGGUGAUAAAUUUUAUUAUCGACAUUCCCAAGCUGUAAUAGAUGGAACUCGUUGUAGAGAAGAUUCUUCAGAUAUAUGCGUACAAGGUGUUUGCAUGGCUGUUGGCUGUGAUAUAAAGCUUGGCUCUGAUAUCAAAGAAGAUAAGUGCCGAGAAUGUGGAGGAGAUGGUAGUAAUUGCAAAACUGUUGAAGGAAUUUUUGAUCAGACAAAUUUGGAAAUGGGUUAUAAUGACAUAAUUCUGAUUCCUGCUGGGGCAACAACAAUAGAAAUUAAAGAAUUGCAUGCUACAAAUAAUUAUCUGGCUGUUAGAAAUUCAUCAGGUUAUUACUAUUUGAAUGGAAAUUGGCAAAUUGAAUACAGUAGAACGAAGAAGUUUGCUGGAACAUACUUUCGGUAUGAAAGAAUAUCUGCAGGUUAUGUUGAUCAGGAAUAUAUUCAUGCUGCUGGACCUACAAGUGAACCAAUAUACAUAGUGCUUUUAUAUCAACAAAAGAAUUUAGGCAUAAAAUAUGAAUAUUCUGUUCCUGUUGGCUUCAGUAAUACUCAGCCUAUCAGUUAUUCAUGGAUAUAUUCAAACUAUGGACUAUGCAGCAAAACUUGUGGUGGAGGUACACAGACUCGGAAGGUUAAUUGUGCCACAACUGAUACUUAUGAGGUUGUUGCUGAUUAUUUAUGUGAUGUUUCAGUGAAACCUCCAGCUACUCAAUCUUGUAAUGAAGAACCCUGCCCAGCUCAUUGGCAAGUGUUUGAGUGGGAUGAAUGUUCCAAGUCCUGUGGUGGUGGAGUGCAGUACCGGCAAGUUCAUUGCCAAAGGAGUGGCCACGAGGAUACAGCAGUGGUUGCUCCAGAUUCAGAAUGCCUAGCUAAUGAUGGUCCUAAACCUGUGUACGCUAGGGCAUGUAAUGAUGUUGUGUGUCCAACAUGGGAAACUGGUGAAUGGUCAACUUGUGAUAAAUCGUGUGGAGAUGGUAUACAAACUAGGGAUGUGAAAUGUGUGAUGAAAGUUGGUGAUCUACAGAAAAUAAUCAGUAAAGAAUUUUGCAGUGACCAAGAACCUGCAUCUACUCAACCCUGUAUAUUAAGACCUUGUGAAAGAACUGAGUGGAUAGUAGCUGAGUGGAGCGGAUGUGAACGUGUAUGUGGCUUGCAGACUGAAUCUCGUCAAGCAUUUUGUGCUAGUGAAGAUGGAAAUUUGCAUCCUGAUCAGAUGUGUUCAAACAAAAGCAAACCGGCUCUUGAAAGGCCUUGUUCUAAUCAUCAUCACUGUAAAGCCAUGUGGCAUGCAUCUGAAUGGAGUGAGUGCUCUGUUCAGUGUGGAAGAGGUGUAAGGACCAGAACAAUAUUUUGUGGAUCAUGGGACUCUGGAAAUAUUCACAAAGUUUCUGAAGAACUCUGUUUGUCAAGUAAAAAGAUGGAAACUCAAGAAGUAUGUCAUGGUGAAAAAUGUUCUGGCAUUUGGUAUACUGGACCAUGGACUAGGUGUUCUGUACCAUGUGGUGGAGGUCAGCAAACCCGUAAAGUUAUGUGCUUGCUUCAGAACUCUGUUGUUACUCAUAAUCAUUGUGAUAUCCAGUCACAACCAUUUGAUGUUCAGCCAUGUAAUAUGCAUCCAUGUGAUGAAGAUGAAGUUAUGAUUGUGGGUGGUUGUCAUAAAUCUAAGUAUGGUUGCUGCUUGGAUGGUGUAACUCCUGCAGGACCUGAUUUUGAGGGUUGUCCUCUUGAUGCUUCAGAACAAGAUUGCAGAGAAUCAGAGUUUGGAUGCUGCACUGAUGGUAUUACAUCAGCAUUAGGACCUUUUGGGAAAGGUUGCCCUAAACUAAUUAAUUGUAAUGAGACAAAAUAUGGAUGCUGUCCAGAUGGUGUUACUGCUGCCAAAAGUGCCGACCAACUUGGCUGUUAUGAGGACUGUGACAGCUCUCAGUGGGGUUGCUGUCCUGAUGGAUUUACUCCUGCUCUUGGAGAAAAUAAUGCAGGUUGUAAUACUGAAGACUCAAAUUGCAAAGAUACACAAUACGGCUGUUGCCCUGAUGGUUUUACCAUUGCUACUGGAGCUGAUUAUGAAGGCUGUGAUUUGGAUGUUUCAUCUGGAGAAGACUGUGUAUUUUCAGAAUUUGGUUGCUGUCCAGAUGGCAUUAAAGCUGCUGAAGGUCCCAAUAUGCUUGGUUGUUCUGAAAAAACAGUGAAAAAUAUAAAGACAGAUUGCAAAACAUCACUUUAUGGAUGCUGUCCAGGAAGUACAGUUCCUGCUGAGGGCCCUAAUUUCUUAGGAUGUUUUGAAGGUAGUGGUGAAUAUGAAAGUAAUUGUGAAAAUACACUGUAUGGUUGCUGCCCUGAUGAUGUCACUCCUGCUAAAGGACCACAUUUUGAUGGUUGUAGUAUUGACAUAAAAUUAGAAACCAAUGCUACAAAGCAAACUGAUGGUGGUUCUUUGAACAGUUGCAGUGACUCUUUGUAUGGUUGCUGUAAAGAUGAAAAGACACCGGCAUUAGGACCUAAUUUCCAUGGCUGUAAAGACACUGGAGAACCUCAUUCUCAUCAUUGUGAAAAUACAGUGUUUGGUUGCUGUCUGGAUGGAAAAACUGCUGCAUUAGGCCCUGAUAAAUUUGGUUGCUGUCAUUCAUCUGAAUAUGGAUGCUGUCCUGACAAUGUUACUGUUGCUACAGGGCCACAUUAUGCUGGUUGCAGUUGUCAUACAUUUCCUCAUGGUUGUUGUCCAGAUGGUAUAACUGUUGCAAAGGGCUCAAGGUUUGAAGGUUGUUCAUGUGAACAUUCUGCUCAUGGUUGCUGUCAAGAUAACUAUUCUUAUGCAAAGGGACCUAGAUUUGAAGGCUGUGAAUGUGAAAAUAUGCUUUAUGGUUGUUGUCCUGAUGGUUUAACCCCUGCAGUAGGAUUAAAUGGAAAAGGUUGUGAAUGUCACAAACUGCGAUAUGGCUGCUGUCCUGAUGGUGUAAUGCCUGCUUCAGGUCAUAAUUAUGCUGGGUGUCCUUGUAAAACUUUCCCAUAUGGCUGCUGUCCUGAUGGUAGAACAGUUUCUAGUGGGCCAGAUGCUGAAGGUUGUCCUUGUCAAGCAAUGACUCAUGGAUGUUGUCCAGACCAUAAAACACCAGCUAAAGGUCCAUAUAAUGAAGGCUGUCCCUGCCAUUCUCUGACUCAUGGUUGCUGUCCAGAUAAUCAGACUGCAGCAUUAGGUCCUGAUUAUUUAGGUUGUCCAUGUAUGUCAAUGCCAUUUGGAUGUUGUCCAGAUAAACAAAUGGCUGCAAGUGGUCCAAAUUUCCAAGGUUGUCCCUGUAAAACGAUGGUUUAUGGUUGCUGUCCUGAUGGAGAAACUACAGCUAGUGGUCCACGCUAUGAAGGAUGUCCUUGUAAAACAUACCCAUAUGGUUGUUGUCCUGAUGGUAUAACACCUGCAAGAGAUCAAAAUUUUGGUGGAUGCAAAGAAAGCAAGAAAGAUCAUAAGAAUUCAGUAACAUCUGAAGUUUGCAGUUUGCCUAAAGAACGGGGCCCUUGUCAUAACUUCAGUAUCAAAUGGCAUUUUGAUGUAACAUAUGGUGGUUGCAGUCGCUUUUGGUAUGGAGGCUGUGAUGGUAAUGGGAAUCAAUUCAAUUCACAAGAACAAUGUGAAAAAGUUUGUGUGAAACCCGAAGGACCAGAUGCAUGUAUGUUGCCUAAAGUUGUGGGUCCUUGCAAAGGCACUUAUCCUUCAUGGUAUUAUGAACCCGAGACAGAUUCUUGUAAAAUUUUCAAUUACAGUGGAUGCCUUGGCAAUAAUAACCGAUACGCAAGCAAAGAAAUAUGUGAAAGUAUUUGUGUCAAGCAAGCUCCUCUAGAUGCUUGUGAUCAGCCAAUGGAUGUAGGACCUUGCAAAAAGGUUACCCAAAGGUGGUUUUUUCACAGUUCUGAAAAUGUUUGUAAACCCUUUAUAUAUGGUGGUUGCAAAGGAAAUAAAAAUAAUUUUGAAUCUGAAAAAGAAUGCAUGCAGAAGUGUGUCACUUCCAAGCCAAAAGAUUUCACUGCAGUAUACAAUGCUACUAUUGGAUCACACAUUACAAUGGUAUGCAAAGCAAUACCCACUACUCUUGAUGAUGAAGCUAUCUUAUUUCUUUGGUACAAAGGUGAUUCUGCUUAUCCCAUUCAUGGCACUGAUCGUAGAGACAGCGGUCAUGGCAAAAAUUCAGUAGCAAGUCGAGGAAGUGAUCCCAGAUACAGUGUUCAUGAUAGUGAACACAUGACAGCCCUAACAAUACAUAAAAUCAGAAUUGAAGAUGAAGGACAGUAUAGAUGUCGAAUAGAUUUUAAAAAAGGUCCAACCAUCAAUAGGUUCAUGAAGCUUGUAGUUCAAGAGCCAAACAUUUGUCAGUUACCCCAAGCAGUAGGAAAUUGUUAUGAGUUCAGAGAAAGAUGGUAUUACAAUUCUCAUGAAAGAAGGUGUCAACGCUUUUAUUUCAGUGGUUGUGGUGGAAAUGAGAACAACUUUGCUACACAUUUAGAGUGUGAAAAGCAGUGUGAAAGAAGUUUUGAUGGUGAACUUGAAGAAUUUAGUUUAGAAUUUUGUUCAUUCGAACCUGAUGCUGGUCCUUGCAGUGGAAGAAAAAUUCAAUGGUUUUAUGACAAAGAUGGGGUAUGUAAGCAGUUUUAUUACGGAGGAUGCCGAGGUAAUGGAAAUAGAUUCAACACUAAGAAGGAAUGCGAAGUAAAAUGUGCUGCUUCCCAGGAUGUAUGCAAGCUUCCCAAGAUUCGUGGUCCUUGCAGUGGUUCUUUCACACAAUGGUACUUUGACCGAGAACAUGGCGUGUGUCAAGAGUUUUCUUAUAGUGGAUGUCAAGGGAAUGGUAACCGUUUUAAUGACAGAGAAACUUGUGAAAUUCAAUGUAAAAAAUGGCCAUCAAGUGACAGUCUGAUAUCUUCAGAUCCUUGCAAUCAACCUAAAGAUCCAGGACCAUGUUUAGGUUAUUUUGAAGUGUGGUAUCAUGAUUCAACAGAAAGCGUUUGCAAGAGCUUUAUAUAUGGUGGAUGCCAUGGAAAUGAGAAUCGGUUCAGUACAUUACAAGAAUGUGAAGCUAAAUGUCAUACUAACAGUGCUGUUAACAUUAAACGAGCGAAACCAACUCAUUCUACUGUAGCUGCUGCAUCUUUUAUAACAAAUGAAGACAUAUGUCGACUAGCUCCUGAUGAAGGACAUUGUGGGUAUUCUCAGAGUCGAUUUUACUAUGAUCCUCACAAGGCAAUGUGCCUUCCAUUCGUGUACAGAGGCUGUGGAGGGAACAAGAAUCGCUUCAAGAAUGCAGAUCUAUGCAUGCGUUUCUGCUCUGGUGUACAAGGAUCAGGGGCUGUUGGUGAUGCAGCUGUUAAAGAAGCAGUUCCUGUAAAUAUUCAUAAUUGUCCAACUAGUAACUGUGGUCAUUUGCAAUGUCCACAUGGUAUUGAAGAAGUGGUGGAUAUCAGAGGUUGCAUUUCAUGCUUAUGCUCAAAUCCUUGUGAAAAUCACAACUGCCCUGAAGGCUCUCAGUGUGUGGUUGAGAAGCAUAAGAUUUCUGAUGGUGAUUUCCGCUCUCAACCACUGUGUCGCUUAAAAUCUAAGAAUGGUGAAUGUCCUCCUACUUCUACAUCAGAGCAUCUCUUAAAUGGUACUUGUCAUGACAGAUGCCAGUCCGAUGCAGAUUGUCCAGGAGGGUUAAAAUGCUGUGCUGUCUCAUGUGCAAAAAUAUGUGUAUUACCAACAUUCACUGAUAUAGAAACAACAGAUGCUGAGAAUAACAUAGAAGAUGCAGAUUCUCCUUCACCAUCUCAGAUUUUAAGUGCAAGAAAAGACAUUGCUGUCAAAUUGGGCACUCCAGCUCUUUUGAGAUGCAUUGUGAAAGGAUAUCCAGCACCAAAAGUUACCUGGACUCACAAAAACCAUCCUCUGAGUACAGAAGGUGGUGAUUAUAAAAUUUCAGUUGAUGGCUCUUUGCAUAUAAUGUCUGCUGUCUAUUCUCAUGGAGGAAUGUAUGCUUGCACAGCAGAUAAUGGUAUUGGGAAGUCAGUCACUCGAUUCUUUAAUUUAAUUAUUUUUGAGGAUACAAAAGUUAACAUAACUCUAGUCACACCCGAAUACCAAGUAGGUUCUGCAUUGCAACUUGAUUGCAUUGUAACUGGCACUUCUCCUAUGGAUAUUACAUGGCAUUUAGGAAAAGACAGCAAACCCCUAGAAUCAGAUGGUCAUAGAGAGAUUUUGGGCAACCAUACACUUUUUAUUGCCUCUGCACAAUACAAUGACAGUGGAGACUAUAUCUGUGAAGCCCAAAAUCAACAUGGAAAAGCUACAGCAUCAUUAAAUAUUCAAGUUCAUGAUAUUUCUGUUCCUUCCACUUGUAAAGAUAGUCCAUUUUUCACAAGUUGUGCCAUGAUUGUGAAGCAGAAUUAUUGCAUCAAUCCAACUUAUGCGAAAUUCUGCUGCUUAUCCUGUGCUCUUGCUGGACAACUACAAAGGACUGAUGGUACAAAUUCAUAGUUCAUAUCUAUGUAGGUAGUAACAAAUAUGAACAAAUAUAACAGCAUGAACUAAUAUUUGAGCAUAAAGACUCUCAGUUUAAUGCUAUACAUAGUAGCCAAGGCUCUAAUUUUUGAGUUGGAAAAAGAGGUAAUUCUUUAUCCAUCUCUCAUAUACAAGCUUUGGAAUUUCAUGAAUUUGUGUUCCAGUGUUGACUUCUCAGCACAUGAGAAAAAGAACUUAACAUGGGUGCUAAAUUGUGUUCAAGUUCUUUUUGACAUGAACUCAGCUUUGAAAACUGCCAAGAUUUUUCUCUAAAAUUUUAACAACCGAGAAAGUUUUUGUACAGCUGUGCAUUUCUGCCUCUCAUCAGUAUUGACAAAGAAAGAUUUUUCUAGCACUGGAUGCCAAAUGUUCACAAAACUGAUGAAAUUAAGACCAACACAUCAUAUCAAGACUUCUACACCACCUGUGGAGAGAGAUUUUGUUUUGCUUAAAUUGCUUUAUCAGAAAAGCAAUAAAAACAUACGUGAAUAACUUUAUUAAUCAUCUCUCUACACAUAUUUCUUUUGAAUAUUGCUUUGAAUUCAAUGAUAUUUGCACUUUUGUAAAUAAUUUUAAAGCUGUUUUCAUGCUUGAUUAAAAAUUUAAUUUAUUAUAUUUGCAUGAAAGAAAUUCAAAAUAAUUACCUCCCGUUUUACACAGUUCUUUUAUAUGUGUUUAGAAAAUACAUUUUAUGAGACUUUAUUCUAUCUGUAUACGAGCAUAAUUGCUUAUUAGCAUGAUACAAGUAAUUCUCUUUAACACGAUGUAAUUUAAAAUGUUGAUAGCUGAAAAUUGUUUCAUCUGUUUUUAACUCAUGAGUGCCUUUGCCAGUCACAUGUAGAUAAUUAAUUAAGCAGUAAUGAACUGCACCCAUCCUUAAGGCAACUGCUGAUGCCGUGCACUAGAAAAAAAUUAAGUUCAUAUUUCUUGAGUUGUAUAUUCUGUUCAAAAGACAUAAAUGAAUAAUUCUUGUUUUUCGUCUUGUAACAAUAUAAUUUUAGGAAUAAUGAGGAAAAUAUUAUAUAAUUAUAAUUGGUUUGCCUUAAAAAUAAUUACAUAUCUUAAAAUAUAUGUUUUGUUUAUCGAAGAAAAUAUAUUUUAUGGUUUUCUGUGAAUGAUAGUAUUGUAAAUUCAACAAAGAUGAACAGAAAUGUGAGCUAAAAAUUUUACAACGCUACCAUUUCUUUCAUUUGAUGACAAGAGAGUAUAAAAAAUUUUUAAAGUGUCUUCUACAUGAGACAUUUUAAAAUAAUAUAUAUAUAUUUCUUUUUACUUUUCUUAUUUAAUUAUUUUAUUUAUGCCAAUAAUAAGCACAUGCUAAUAUAAAUAUCUUUAAAACAUUUGCAAUAUAGCUAAUUGUAUUCAACUGAAAAAUAUUAUGAGAAAUAUGAAAUUUGUUUUGUGAAUAACUAUGUGACUAAUAAAUGUUUCAAUUAAUGAAUGUUGGAAUCUAUACAUAAUACUUGCAACUUUAUUAGCAAAUAUUUGUCUCUGUGUAAAGUGUCCAGCAUUUUAAAUAUUUUUGUUAAAAUAAUUGUUAUAAAUCAUUACUCCUGUUUAAAAUUUCUAAUAAAUUUGCCAAAAUGUUUUGUACCUUUUGUUGCAAUGUAAAACUCUUGUUAUUGGUAUAAUUAAUUAACAUCAUAAAAAUAACAGAUAGAAAUUUGAUGAAUGUAUGCUUACUUAUACAUAUUUAUGUAAUAGGAUGCAGUUAAGGGGGGACAUUUAAAAGUUCCUGUACCUUUUUUCACUGUUCACACAAGAAUCACACAAUUAACAGGUCUUUGUGAACAUAAUAUAUACCGUAUUUGACCGCAUAUAAGAUGCACUUUUUUCCCUAAGUUUGGUCUCAAAAACAAUUACCUGCGUCUUAUACGUGAAGGACACAGGUUAACUUUCAAUACUGAAUGCUAUUUUUAGCCCGGAUAAAGGUCUAGACACACAUAACUUUUUCUACAUCUACAUGUGUGUGGCCUUCUAAAUAAGGGUGCGUCUUACAUGCCGUCAAAUACGGUACUCAUAAUUCCAAAAUUGCUAAUUGGAGAUUACCACAAAUCCAUUGACACAAUAAUCUCUCUAAAUCACCAUACAGGCUGAGAGCAUUAAAUGCAUUUUAAGAGUUUGAUGAAAUAAAUAUGAUCUGUUUGUUAA